AAUCGACUAAGUACAAUCCCGCAGAGCUGUUGACUUCCACCGAACUCCCACAGCCAACCAUUCUUGCAAGCACAACACAAAGCACCACAGAGUACGAACACAACCGACAAACUCAAGCCAAGGAAACAGAAUCUAUCAUGGCCCGCCCGGAGAAAGAAGAUGACGAGAAGAAGGACGAAGACAACGUGGAUGAUAAGCAGAUGGAUUCUUUGUUAGAGGAGGGAGAGGAAUCUAAAAAGAAGAAGCGCAAGCGCAAGCGAAAAAGAUCCAAGAAAAGUGCAUCCAAGGAAGAAGAAGAAAAAGAGCAGGAAGAUGCUGCAGAGUCUAGUAACAACAAUGUUCGUGAAGACGACACGGUACGAACAGCCUUUGUGGAAGGAGUGCCUUAUGAUGCUACGACUGAUCAAGUAGCCGAAUGUUUGCUGAAACAUACCAAGAUUGAAAGACGCGACAUUACCGAUUUGAGGUUUCCCACGUGGCAAGAUUCUGGCCGAAUGAGAGGAUACGGCCAUGUGGUCUUUACCAGCAAGGAAAUCCUCGAUCAGGUUCUUGAGGUUGCCAACAACCAAAAAACAAAGCUGUGGAUGGGAAAACGAUACCUUUCAUUGCAAAAAGCCCGUCCCAAGGGUAAUGGCAUUGAUCCAAAUACCCAGCACGUCAGCGCUCCGUCCAAGACUAUCAUGAUCAAGAAGUUGGAUUAUCAAGCCACCGAGGAGGACAUUAUCCAAGUAAUGGAACAAUUUGGCACUAUUGUUGAUGGAGGAGUGAGAAUUGCACGCAACUUCAAGACGCGACAAAACAAAGGCUUUGCCUACAUUGCCUAUGAAGAAUUGGCCGGCGCCAAAAAUGCCAUGGAGCGUCAGCAAAAGCAACCCAACAAACCCAUUUGUAUUCUCAAUCGAGCCUGCAUUCUGGAUUAUGAUGAAGGCAGAAUGAAGGGAUCUUUCAAGACUGCUACAGGCAGGCUAUGGAGCCGAGAAUACCAGCACCAACAGCCAUCAUCCAGCGGCACAAGCAACAAGCAAGCCAGGACGAAGUGACCGCUUACACAUACCUGCCUUUCUAUACCAACGUACAUGUAAUUUUCAUUAACUAGCUAAUACCAUUGCCUGCCUUUCUGUA